AAUUACCUUCCACUAAUUUCAUUCUUAAAAAUGAAACAAGUCUCUGGGCUUUAAGCAAAAAUGCAGACUUAACAGAUUUAUUCAACUUACAUUUAGUGGGGGGAUUCUUAAGAACAGAAAUUAUUUUUGAGUAUACAGAAUGAGGUGUGAUCACUGGAGGAGUACCUAAGAGGCAGGAAUGUCUGUAUUUGCCAUUUUGACGUAUAUAAAGCUGUGUAAGACUUUGAUAAUCCAUUUCUAAUUGGAAUUUUUGUAGAAUUGUGAAUAUUUAAAUUACUAUAUUGUAGAAUAUAAUGCAUUUGGAAAUUAACUCAUGUCUUUACAUACAUAUUACUUUUUAUGUUUUUGCAGGUACAAAAAAGCUUUAAACAAGUAAAAUCUAGGCAACAGGCUCCCUGAAGUGUUGACAGCCCAGCUUAAUCAUGAACGUGAUUCAAAAAUGUUAAUAAACAAACCAAGUUUUCUCCUUUCUUUCUCUUUCUUUGAGGGGUGGUGUAGACCAUGGGGAAUUCAUAUGCUGGGCAACUGAAAUCUGCUCGAUUUGAGGAAGCCCUCCACAACUCCAUAGAAGCCUCUCUCAGAUGUAGUAGUGUGGUCCCACGGCCAAUUUUUUCCCAGCUGUACUUGGACCCUGACCACCAUCCUUUCUCAUCUGCAGAUGUAAAACCCAAGGUGGAGGAUCUGGAUAAAGAUUUGGUACACCGCUACACUCAAAAUGGAAGCCUGGAUUUUUCUAACAAUCUAACAGUUAAUGAAAUGGAAGAUGACGAAGAUGAUGAAGAAAUGUCUGAUUCAAAUAGCCCACCAAUCCCCUAUUCACAAAAACCUGCCCCAGAAGGGUCUUGCACUACAGAUGGUUUUUGUCAAGCAGGAAAGGAUUUGCGUUUGGUAUCUCUGUGUAUGGAACAAAUUGAUAUCCCAGCAGGAUUCCUCCUGGUGGGGGCCAAGUCUCCUAAUCUUCCUGAACACAUCCUAGUGUGUGCUGUAGACAAGCGAUUUCUACCAGAUGAUCAUGGGAAAAAUGCACUUUUAGGGUUUUCUGGAAACUGUAUCGGCUGUGGAGAAAGAGGAUUUCGGUAUUUCACGGAAUUUUCCAACCACAUUAACUUGAAGCUCACCACCCAGCCAAAGAAGCAGAAGCACUUAAAGUACUACCUAGUCAGAAGCUCCCAGGGUGUACUGUCGAAGGGACCUCUUAUCUGCUGGAAAGAAUGUAGAAGCCGACAAUCCUCUACCACUUGCCACCCUAUUAAACCAAACUCUUCAGUGUCAUCAACCGUGACCCCAGAAAAUGGCACAACUAACGGAUACAAAUCAGGAUUCGUUCAGACAGAUUCGCCGAUUCUCAAUCCAGCUAAUUCUGCAAUCAAUUUAAGUGGAGCUCAGGACCUGACCCGGAAUAAGAAUGUUGUGAAGCCACUGGCUUUGUCUUUGCAGGUUGUAGGGAAGACUUUUGCUGCAGAUGCUGCUAAUGGGAACAGUAGCCAUGGAGGAAAGAGCGGUACCUCUGGCUCCACUCCAGCCCGCCCAGGGAAUUACUCUUUGUCACCAAGACCGAGCUUUGCCUCAGGAGACCAAGCUACCAUGUUCACUUCUGGACCACCAAAGAAACGACACCGAGGAUGGUAUCCUGGGUCCCCUGUCCCCCAACCUGGUUUAGUUGUACCUAUUCCUACAGUUCGUCCUCUCUCAAGAACUGAGUCCCUUUUAUCUGCCCCAGUUCCACAGACCCCAUUAACUGGAAUUUUACAACCUCGACCCAUUCCUGCAGGGGAAACUGUAAUUGUUCCUGAAAACCUGCUGAGUAACUCAGGAGUUAGACCAGUAAUCCUGAUAGGCUAUGGCACUUUACCCUAUUUCUAUGGAAAUGUUGGUGACAUUGUUGUGAGUCCUCUGCUGGUGAACUGCUACAAGAUUCCACAGUUGGAAAACAAAGAUUUGGAACAAUUAGGUUUGACUGGCAGCCAACUCCUGAGUGUGGAAAACAUGAUCCUUCUGACAAUACAGUAUCUUGUGCGGCUGGGGGGUCUCGUGGACACACCUAAUAACCAGCCUUUUCAGAUUGUCUAUGAGAGCAUUCGGGAACCGGAGACAGUCAGCGCCACAGGCUCCCGAGCUGUCAUUUGCUGUGAAUGGAAGAAAGCUUUAAACAGAAAAAAAAUUCUACCUGUAAUUCUCUUCAAUUUAGGUCCUGAUCAGAUACCUCUCAGGGAAGAAUUUGAGCAAAUUAUGCUGAAAGCUAUGCAGGAAUUUACUCUGAGAGAAAGAGCCCUGCAGAUGGGUGCCCAGUGUCCACCCGUGUCUCCGGGACAACUCCCCUGGCUGGCUCGAUUAAUUGCCAGCGUAUCUCAAGACUUGGUUCAUGUGAUUGUGACCCAAAACUCUUUGGCAGAGGGCAUUUCAGAGACAUUGAGGACUCUUAGUGAAAUGAGACACUACCAAAAACUACCAGACUAUGUUGUGACAAUUUGUGCAUCGAAAAUCAGAGGAAAUGAGUUUUGUGUGGUAGUAUUAGGUCAGCAUCAGUCCAGAGCCCUGGCAGAGAGCAUGCUCACCACAAGUGAGUUUUUGAAAGAAAUUAGUUAUGAGCUCAUCACAGGAAAGGUCAGUUUCCUGGCAUCGCAUUUCAAAACCACAUCGUUAGGUGAUGACUUGGACAAGCUGCUAGAAAAAAUGCAACAAAGAAGAGGAGACAGUGUGGUGACCCCUUUCAAUGGGGACCUUAACGUAUAUGUGUCACCUCAGGAGGCCGCUGCUAUGAUCCCCACGCAAACCCUGGAUUUAGAUAAUGAAACCUUCCAAAUUUAUCAACCGCAGCUUGUGGUUGCCAGGAAACUCUUGUCCCAGGUGUGCGCUAUAGCGGACAGCGGCAGCCAGAGCCUGGACCUCGGCCACUUCAGCAAAGUGGACUUCAUCAUCAUUGUCCCAAGAUCAGAGGUUCUGGUCCAGCAAACUCUUCAACGGAUUCGACAAUCAGGUGUCCUUGUAGACUUGGGUCUGGAGGAAAAUGGGACAGCCUAUCAGAGAGCAGAGAAAUAUGUUGUUCGUCUAGACAAUGAGAUUCAAACCAAGUUUGAAGUUUUUAUGAGAAGGGUGAAGCAGAACCCGUACACGCUGUUUGUGCUAGUUCAUGACAACUCCCAUGUGGAACUAACGAGUGUCAUUUCGGGCUCUUUGUCACAUGGUGAACCCAGCCAUGGAUUGGCUGACAGGGUCAUUAACUGCAGAGAGGUUCUGGAAGCUUUCAACCUCCUGGUGCUCCAGGUCACCUCCUGCCCAUACACUCUGCAGACCCAACAGUCCCGAAUCAGCGCCAGCAACGAGGUUCACUGGAUACAGCUGGACAGCACGGAGGCCAUGAGCUGUGAGGAGAAGCUGUACUUCGGCCUGAACGAGUACAGUAAAUCUCUUCAGUGGGGAGUCACGAGCCCCCUUCUGAGAUGUGAUGAGACUUUUGAAAAAAUGGUGAACACGCUGCUGGAGAGGUACCCCCGGCUGCACAGCAUGGUCGUCCGCUGCUACCUUCUCAUCCAGCAGUACUCGGAGGCUCUGAUGGCUCUCACCACCAUGGCGUCACUCCGAGACCACAGCACACCGGAAACACUCAGCAUCCUGGAUGACCUCCUGAGCUCCCCGGGAAAGACCAAGAGCGGGAGGGGACACAUGCUCAUUCUCAGGGUGCCAUCCGUGCAGCUGGCGAUGCUGGCCAAGGAGCGGCUGCAGGAGGUGCGGGACAAGCUGGGGCUGCAGUACCGCUUCGAGAUCAUCCUCGGGAACCCCGCCUCGGAACUCAGUGUCGCAACCCACUUUGUGGCGCGAUUAAAGACUUGGAGAGGAAAUGAAGCAGAAGAGUGGACCCCUCGGACGUACCAGGAUCUGGAAGGGCUGCCUUGUAUUGUGAUAUUAACUGGCAAAGAUCCCCUUGGAGAAAGCUUCCCCAGGUCUCUGAAGUACUGUGACCUCCGGUUAAUUGAUUCAAGCUAUUUAACUCGCACGGCCUUGGAGCAGGAGGUGGGUCUGGCGUGCUGCUACGUCUCAAAAGAGGUCAUCCGGGGGCCCACUGUCGCCCUGGACCUUAGCGGCAAGGAGCGAGAGAGAGCUGCAGUCAGCGAGAACGACACUGAGGAGUUGCUGAUCGACCUGGAGAGGCCCCAGAGCAACAGCAGUGCCGUACUGGAACCUCUGGUAAGUACUGGCUUUUCUCUUCUAAGGGAUCAGGGACGGGAGCUUGGGAAGCGCCAGUCAGAGCAGGAGAAGGCCUUCCCUCCUGAAUGUAAUGAGCUUCAGCCCUUGGGAGGGAGGGAGGGAGGGAAGCCGGGUGGUCUGCCUGCUCUGUGCACGAUCUCUCUGCUUGUCCCAGAUCACAGCCAAAGCAGUGAAGUCAGCCAGUCAGAGGGAGAGCCCUGGCCUGACAUCGAGAGCUUCAGUAAAAUGCCCUUUGACGUCAGUGUGCAUGACCCCAAGUACAGCCUGAUGAGCCUGGUAUACACUGAGAAGCUGGCAGGGGUCAAACAAGAAGCAAUAAAGGAAUCCAGAGUCGAAGAGCCCCAGAAACGCGAGACUGUGUCCAUGAUGCUGACCAAGUACGCGGCCUACAACACCUUCCACCACUGCGAGCAGUGCCACCAGUACAUGGACUUCACCUCUGCCUCCCAGAUGUCUGACUCUACCCUUCAUGCCUUCACGUUCUCUUCCUCCGUGCUGGGAGAGGAGGUGCAGCUCUAUUUCAUCAUUCCCAAAUCCAAAGAGAGUCAUUUUGUCUUCAGCAAGCAGGGCAAACACCUGGAGAGCAUGCGGCUGCCCCUGGUUUCGGACAAGAAUCUGAAUGCAGUCAAGAGCCCUAUUUUCACUCCUUCCAGUGGUCGCCAUGAGCACGGACUCCUAAACCUUUUUCACGCCAUGGAGGGCAUCAGCCACCUGCACCUCCUGGUAGUCAAAGAGUAUGAGAUGCCGCUGUACCGCAAGUACUGGCCCAACCACAUCAUGCUGGUGCUGCCCGGCAUGUUCAAUAACGCAGGCGUGGGUGCCGCCAGGUUUCUCAUUAAGGAGCUGUCAUAUCACAACCUGGAACUGGAGAGGAACCGCCUGGAGGAGCUGGGAGUUAAACGCCAGUGUGUCUGGCCUUUCAUCGUUGUGAUGGACGACUCGUGUGUCCUGUGGCACAUUCACAGCGUUCAGGAGCAGACCAGCCAACCCAUGGAAACAGGAGUUUCCAGUAAGAAUGUGUCCCUGAGGAGUGUCUUGCAGCAUAUUGAAGCCACACCAAAAAUCGUCCACUACGCAAUCUUGGGCAUACAGAAGUGGAGCAGCAGGCUGACCUCUCAGAGCCUGAAGGCCCCGUUCUCCAGGUGCCACGUGCAUGACUUCAUUCUCCUCAACAUAGACCUGACUCAGAACGUGCAGUAUGACUUCAACAGGUAUUUCUGUGAAGAUGUUGACUUUAACCUGAGAACAAACAGUAGUGGCCUGCUCAUCUGCCGCUUUAAUAACUUCAGCCUCAUGAAGAAACAUGUUCAGGUUGGAGGGCAAAGGGACUUUAUCAUUAAACCAAAGAUCAUGGUGUCAGAGAGCUUAGCACCCAUCUUGCCCCUGCAGUAUGUCUGUGCUCCUGACAGUGAACACACACUGCUGGCAGCCCCUGCACAGUUUCUCCUGGAGAAGUUCCUUCAGCAUGCCUCGUACAAACUCUUCCCCAAAGCUAUCCAUAACUUCAAGAGUCCCGUGUUGGCCAUUGACUGCUACUUGAACAUUGGACCAGAGGUGGCCAUAUGCUAUGUCAGCUCCAGACCCCACUCCAGCAAUGUCAACUGUGAAGGGGUGUGUUUCAGUGGACUCCUCCUGUACCUCUGUGACUCUUUUGUAGGUGCUGAUCUUCUUAAGAAAUUUAAGUUUUUAAAAGGUGCUACCCUGUGUGUCAUUUGCCAAGACAGAAGUUCCUUACGCCAAACAAUUGUCCGCUUAGAGCUAGAGGAUGAGUGGCAGUUUCGCCUCCGGGACGAGUUCCAAACUGCUAACAGCAGUGAUGACAAGCCCCUCUACUUUCUCACUGGACGUCAUGUAUGAGCUUUCGAAGAGACCAAAACUAGCAAAGGGAUGCCUAGGUGGGGUGGGGCAGAAACAAUUAUUUGGGAUUUUUUUUCCUUUAAAGUACAAUCACUGUGGAACAAAGUGCAACAUAUUUGUCUGUUCUCCAAAGAACCACCCCACCCCCAACCUGACCCGGGCCUUUGGGGGCAUCAUUCUCCUUCAGUUUCAAUUUCAGGACCUUAAAUUCAGGUUAAAGUUCACCCUAGGUAGUUAUGCAAUUACUUAAGACGUGGUCUGCCCGUGGGAGCCUGAGGAGCAAAUGCUUUGGAGAAGCAACAUGGAGACUGCAUCGUUUUUUCUACUGUGCUGUGUCGGGGGAAAAUUGACUCUCAGCAUUAGCUAGCCUGAAUGUGUUACAUGAGACUCACACCGCUGGUGUGGAAUUAACUGAAGAUUAAUGUCUGAGGCCUGAACCCUCAGUUUCUCUUCAGAUCUGUACUUUGGUACAGUAUUACUCAGGGGUCUGAAAUGAUAGAAUGUAGAAGAUAUCUGUAUUUAAAAAAAAAGAAGUAGCUUUGUCUUUCUCUGUGCAGUGUUAGUUUAAGAUUUAUAAUCUUAUAUGUAUUGAAACUUUUGGCAAAAUUUCCACAGGAGUUAAAAGUUUACUAUUUAAACUGAACAAACAAAUUAGUAAAUGCAGGGCAGGCAUUGUGUAUAUUUAUGCAGCUUCUCCUGGUUUAAGUUCUUUCGCUUUCUUCAUUCUUUAAAAAUGUUUCCAGUCUCUUAAGCACAUCAUGCCUGUGAGAAUAAGAAGUGAUUAAUCUUGAACAAGGAGAAUCUGACUCAGUAGCUGAGCCUGUUAGGAAGGUGUCAGCAUUCACCCCUAGCAAAGCGAAAGUCUGGCAGGCUAAGGUUCCACGUGGAGUGGACCUAGUUCAUUUCCCUUCAGAGAUACACGGAAUGAACAUUAGCUGCCUUAUACUGACACCACCCCAGAAAGUGCUGGAAUGGGAAACAACCAUAAAGAGGCUGUUUUACUGGUGAUUUUGUGUGUGUGAGGAGUAAGGAAGAUUCCAUUAAGUCUCUGACUCAUUAAAAUUACCAGGGGGUCUUAAGUUUUUACAGAUUUCUUACUACAAAUUUUAAUCGAAAACAGAUUUUUAGAAAAUAUUCUGGAACUACUAAGUCUAUUAGAAGUUUACUCUUAAAUUACUGCAGUUCUCAGCACUAAAUCUCUUGGCAUUUUUUCAUUAGCCCAUGUGUAACACUCUAUCCCCACUUAAAAUGGCCAUUUUUACUUGAAUCAAUGUCUUAUUGGUGGCCUGAAACUGAGGGACCUACUAAGCCUGCAUUUAUCUAAAACAAAUAGUGUUAACUCACCAGCUUUAUUAGUUUGUGACAACAAGGAGUUUACAGCUAGUGGAAAAAAAGCAAUGUACUAAUUGGAGAAUGAUUUCAGAUCUUUUGGUUUUCAUAUAGCUUAUGAUGUUUUAAAUAUAUCUUGAACAAUUCCUUUAAACCCCAUUUUUAACUCACAUUCAAAGAGGACCUACCUUACAUGUGCUUUAAAAAUAUUCCUUGAUUUUAGUACAGCAAAAUUUUUGGCAAAGAGGUAUGUGCGUUCUGAAGCAGGUUGAUUUAGAUAUGAAUGUAAUUCAAUUGUUCCUGUUUUGUUGAAAGGGCCUGAUGCAGAUGAUACCAAGAAACCCAUGGUUUGUGCAAUACUCCAAUAAUAUUUACUACAUAGGGCAAAUAAAAUACUUGAAAUAAUCCUAAAACAGUUGUACCUGGGACAGAUGGCUUCUCAGAGUUUCUUCUGGCUUUAUGGCUUCAUAGUCUAAGAAAAAAAAUUUUAAGUAGUUACUUUAGCUGCAGGGACUCCAAAUGAUUAUGAUCUCUUAAAUACUGUGGAAAAGAAAUGCCAGAAUAAAGCCAAAAGACCGUCACCCCAAUGAUAGAGAAUUCAAAUUGAUCUGCCUAUUCUUUCAAUGCCUAUCUUCCUAAGGUUUUGGAUCUUUUAAAAUCACCUUAUCAGUAUAAUUUUUUUUAGAGAAUGUCAGGUCCUUCUCCUUUAAGGAUAAAAUUGCACAAGCACAGGACACGAUGAUUUGUUAACACAUACCUUGGUGUGUUCUGCUUCGAGCCUUGCCAUCCCUUAGAAUACUGUGGUAUGAGUGUGUUCCCUCAGCCCGCAUAAUAAUGACCUACAGACCUGUUGAACCUUGCCAUAUAUGACAGUUCACACAGGUUAAUACUGAAUGUAAACUAAAAUUACAAUGAGCAUUGCUGUAUUCAAUUAUUUUGGCUGUAAUUUAAGCAAUUGCUUUUGUGUGAUCUUUUAGAAAAGGAGGCACCUGUGUGACUUUAUUACUGUAAAAUUUUCUUAACCAAAAUUUGGUGAAUUUCACUAGUCAGUCUACCUCACAUUUUGUUUGAUUCUAAAUUGUCUUAAGUUGUGUCUACAGUAUGUUCUUGUCCUUUCACUUAAUUUGGUGAAUGUAUUAAAAUUCUCUCCCACUCCCCCCAAAAAAGAAAAUUUGUUUUCUUUAAUUUUCUGGUAUUAUCAAAAAUGGAAUGAACUCCCUCCCUGACUCUGGCAACGUCCAAUAAAGGCUGGAAGUCCA